AUGCAAUGCCCUGUUGGCAGCGAUGACAACUUCGGCCCAAGAGUCAAUGUCGCGUGCCGACCCUUCGACUUCACGCUGCUAUUUGAGGAUGCAUUCUUCAUUGCUCUGCCUGCUGCAGUCAUGAUGCUGAUACUCCCCCUUCAGUUCCGCAAACUGUGGAGGAUGCCGAUUGUGGCUGCUUCGUAUCGGCUUGCAGCGUAUAAAUCGGCCGCCUUGGUAAUUCUCAUCAUUGUCCAUCUGGUUGCUCUCGCACUGCGUGUCCAAUCAAGCGUUCUACACACUCGAAUGGCCAUUGCUACGGAGGUGCUGUCUGUUUCGUCCAACGUCGGGGCAUUGGCUCUUUCGUUUCUUGUCGAUCAGCGAUCUGUUAAACCGUCAGACGUAUUAGUGUUGUACUACUCAGCAUCCACCAUUCUCGAUUAUUUGAUACAGCAGGCCAUAUGGACCGUUUUGCUUAUCCUUACUGCGAGUGUUGCCACCAUUGAAUGCUUUGGGAAAACAAAGUACUUGCGGCCCGCAGUCAAGAAUGGGCUUACAUCUGAGCAAAUGACCAGCUUUUGGAGCCGCAGCUUCUUUGUUUGGCUGCUUCCUGUGUUUCAAAAAGGAUAUAGUAAUUUAUUUCUUGUCGAUGACUUACCUGAUAUUGACAAGGAUAUGAAGGAGUCGGCAACCUGGGCCGAACUGGAGGCUGCCUGGCGUCGCACUCAGAGAGGCCGCAUUGGAUUCCGCCUCGUGCGAGCGACUUUUAGAGCGAAUAGUUGGUCAUUUCUUUCUGCGAUUGUACCACGGUUGAUACUGUCCGCUUUCACAUUUUGCCAGCCUUUUCUUAUUCAAGCCGCAGUAUCUCAUUUGAGCGGUACAGCAAACGAGGAUGACCAUGAGCGAUUCGGGCAGGCCUUAGUGGGAGCAUUCGCAUUGGUUUACUUGGGCAUUGCGAUUUCAAGGGCAGUAUACUGGCGUCAAACCUAUCGUAUGCUCGCCAAGGUACGAGCCGGUCUGACAGCAAAGAUAUACCGCCAAACAGUGUCACUUCAAUCUCGAGAUGUGGAAGAUUCAGCCGCACUUACCUUAAUGGGCACUGAUGUAGAGAGAAUUGUGGAGUCACUGAGAUUCUUUCACGAAACGUGGGCAGCAAUUCCGGAGGUCGCCAUCGGUGUCUGGCUUCUUACCCGCCAGGUUCUCUACGCCUCAAUCGCACCAAUUGUGAUUUGUAUGAUAUGUAUUAACCUCACGUCAGUAAGCCUAGCUGGAACGUCGCUCGUUGCCAAGCACUUUGGACCAGCCCAGAAACGCUGGGUGGACUGCGUUGAGAAGAGGAUAGGCGCAACGUCCAGCAUGCUGAGCAAUAUAAAAUCAGCCAAAAUGCUUGGCCUCAUGAAUCACUGGAGCCAAGCAAUUCAGAAGUUGCGAGCCAUCGAAAUUGACGUGUCAGGAAAGUUUCGGAUACUGCGUGUCUGGGCCAUCAUUAUCGGAAAUGUUCCUGGAUCGCUGGCACCUUUCGUUACACUAGCCAUCUAUGCUCUUAUUGCCCUUGCCAGCGGCGAUCAAUCGCUUCUAGUCACUCAGGCCUUCACGUCCCUUGCCCUCAUUAACCUAGUGACAGAGCCGCUGCUCAUGUUCUGCCAGGCCUUGCCAUCGCUCACACAGGCCUUAUCUUGCUUCUCACGCAUUGAAAACACUCUGGAGGAAGAUACGUCUGCUAUGCCCUUACGUUUUCAUGCUGAACAUUCUAACUCUCCACACCUGGUCACAUUCCAAUCUGCAAACAUCUCUUGGCUCCCAAAGAAUCAUCAAGGAAAAGUAGUUCUACACAACCUCAAUUUCAGUAUUUCUACUGGCUUCACAGCCAUUGUUGGGCCUGUAGGAUCAGGGAAAACUUCACUUCUAGCCAGCAUCAUUGGAGAAACGACGGUAGUCUCUGGAGAAAUGCAGUCUCGUAUCACCUCCCGGGUGGCAUUUUGCUCUCAAAGGCCGUGGUUGACAAAUGAUACCAUCAAGAACAAUGUCAUUGGAGAGCUAGAUUUCGAUCAAACGUGGUUCAGCUAUGUCAUUCAAUGUUGCGCGCUUCGUGAAGACCUAGAAAACUUACCUGGCGGUAUCAUGACCGCUGUAGGCGAGAAUGGCUCGUCGCUCAGCGGAGGUCAACGUCAGCGAGUGGCGCUCGCUCGGGCCGUUUAUUCAAGACUACCGACUGUCAUCUUGGAUGAUUUCAUUAGUGGCUUAGACCCAAAAGCAGUCAAGACGAUACAAACCAGCCUUUUCCACCCAAAUGGGCACUUUCGCAAAGCAGGUAUCUCAGUGAUUCUCGCUGCCAAUGGUUCGAGUUUACUUCCUUAUAUGGACGACGUAGUUCUUCUUGAAGAAGGAUCCAUCUCGGAUACUGGAUCUUACGAACAUAUCAAGGCACGAAAACCUGAUAUGUUCAGAUGGAACGAACAUACAACCGAUCCCAAUGAUGAUCGGACGAAAGAAGAGAGUUCAGCUAGUCAUGAAGCGGAACCACAGGGCUCCAACUCUACGACAUCACAGCAACAGGGCCAGAUCGGUGGCUCUGAUAGAGCUGGAUUCAGCAGACAAAAAGGGAGCUGGAGCGUUUACUCGUACUACGGCAAAAAAGCAGGCAAGCUCUCUUUGUUUUUAUGGGCAAUCUCUACUCUUAUUGGCGCCAUCUCCAACUCUUAUUCCACAUUGUGGGUAGACCGAUGGACUUCAGCGAGUGCAGAACAAGGCAACCAACAGCUCGGGCUAUACCUCGGGAUCUACUUCUUAUUGGUGGCUCUUGCUAUAAUAGGAGUCUUCUUUGAAUGCUGGACCUUUUUCCUUUACAUAGUCAGGGACACUGCGAUCAAGCUUCACACAGAUCUGCUGCACGCAGUUGUCAGUGCGCCAUUUUACUUCUUCCUCGAGUCAGACCUUGGGUCCAUAACGAAUAGAUUUAGCCAAGAUAUGAACCUCAUCGAUAUGACCUUGCCGUCCCAAGCUCUGCAAUUCACUUCCGGAUUUUCUUGGUGUUUGGUUCAGUUCGUUGUCUUAUGCGUUUUGGGGAAAUACCUUGCAGCUGUGGUUCCCGUCCUUGGUGGAGUUCUGUUUCUCGUUCAGCGUUACUACUUGCGAACGUCCAGACAGCUUCGAAUGUUGGAAAUAGAGGCGAAAACUCCGCUGUAUUCUCAUUUCACAGACACCAUCAGCGGCAUUGCAACUAUCCGGGCGUUUGGUUGGCAGAUGCCCUUCAUAGAUCUUGUGGCAGGGGCUUUAGCGGUCACCCUUGUCGCGAUUGCACUGUCUCUGACCGCCGACGGUCUCGGACCCGGUGCUCUGGGAGUUGCAUUAGUCAUAACACUUCAAUUCAAUGGCCUGCUAAUCCAAACAAUCCAGUCUUGGACAAAGCUAGAGACUUCCAUUGGAGCGGUGGCAAGAGUGCAGCAGUUUGUGAACGAAGCUCCAUCGGACCUGGGUAGGUUGCCAGCGCCUUCGAAUUCGUGGCCUCAAAACGGCAGGGUGCAAGUACAGCGCCUCACGGCGGCACACACACCAAGAUCCGAAGACGUACUGAAAGAUGUCAGCCUCGAUAUUGCUGCCGGCGAAAAAAUAGCAGUGUGUGGGUCAUCUGGCAGCGGGAAGACUUCAUUGAUUAUGGCCAUGAUGCAGAUGAUGGAUGUUCGGAGCGGACGGGUGGUGAUAGAUGAUACCGAUGUGGCAACAUUGGACGGGGAGAGCCUGCGCAGUCAUCUCAACGUGGUGCCUCAAGAACCACUCUUUAUGCCAGGAAGCCUCAGAUUCAACUUGGAUCCCAGGGGCGUAGCCUCCGACGCAUCAAUUGAGGCGAUGCUGCGACGCGUUAGCGUUAGACUCUGGGACAAGCUUGCGAUGGGCUCAAAUGGAAGCCUUCAUGAAGAAUUCAAGUCAUCCCAAUGGUCUCAUGGAGAGCAACAGCUAUUAUGUCUGACGAGGGCCUUGCUAAUCCCCAGCAAGGUCAUCAUCUUUGACGAGGCAAUGAGCAGCGUUGAUGAGAAGACAGAAGCACUCAUGCAGCACAUUGUUGAGGCUGAGUUUAAGGAUAGAACAGUAAUAUCCAUCAUUCACCGAUAUUCGCACAUUGAUUGGUUUGACCGUAUUGCGGUUUUGCGAGAGGGAAGAAUAGUAGAAUGUGACAGUGCACAUGCGUUACUGAGCAAAUCUGGGUCGGCCUUCAGAGCCCUUUAUAUGGUUGGCGGUAAAAACUUUUAA